UGGUGUGGGAAAGUUGGAUACCCAAGUUCAUGAUACGUUAAUAUCAACGCAAAGGUCUUUGUCAUGGUGGUCAUUUUCCUCAAGUUCUUCGUCCAGUAUUUUGUUCUGGGUCAGAACAAAGGGGAGAUGCCCCGGUCUUCAAUGACCAUUGUGUAUUGACACAAAGACCGUUGCUCGACGUCGAGCAUUGUCUGAAAAGUCCCAAGAGAGGAAGACAGUCAAUCCAUGCCCGAUGUAAAAGCACCCGAUAGCCCUUGUGGACCUCGAUGGAGGAUGACAAGGUUGAUCCCGCCCCUACCUAACCACCAACAAACACCAUUGCACCACGAUCAUGAUCACAAUGUCCACCAAUCUCGACUUCACAACCUACUUCAACUCCCCCCUCUUCUCCGACGCCACCAUUGCCUACUACAACCACCACACAGGCGACAAGUGUCAUAUCCCCGUCCACCGCCUCAUUCUCUCCCUACAGUCUCCCUUCUUCGCCGCAGCCUUCUCCCUCCCCUUCCGCGAGUCAUCCGACCCAGACCCUUUAAUCACCCUCCACGACGACGACCCCGACGCUUUGGUGUCUGCAAUACGCUGGUGUUACGGACACUCACUGUAUCAGAUCGAAAGCGACGAGGAAAUGGAGACGCAGUUAGCUUAUAAGGAUCUCAUUACUAUGAGGUUUACGAGCGAGGAGGAAAGGCAGGUGGCGGGGUUGUUGGGGCAUUUCAUGAGGGUUUAUGGGGUGGCUGAUAAGUACGAUAUUGCCAGGUUGAGGGAGGAGGUGGUGAGCCAUUAUGAGCGGUUGGCUCCGCUUGUUGUAAUGCAUAAACAGGAAGAGGGGGUGUUUGAGGAUAUGGUGGAGGUUGUUUAUGGACUGGGAAAGGGGGAUAAGUUGCGAAAGAGGUUUUUGGGGGGUGUGGCGAGGGAGGUGUAUCCUCUUGUUGCUGGGAAGGACUCGAAGGAGAGGGUCAAAAAGGUGUUAAGGAUGGGAAAUGACUGGGAACUGGAAGAGGUGGAAAGGGUUGUGAGGGGGUGUAUCUUUAAGAUUAGGACGGUUGGGAUGGGGAAGGAGUGGAAGAAGGAGUUUAUGAGGGAUGUGAAGAGGAAAGUGAGGAGGGAGGUGAAGAAGAGGUGGAGGGGGGUGGAUAAGGGAUAAGAGUGGUAGCUUUGGUAGCGGCAUGUGCUGAUGGAAGUGCUGGGUGGGGGGAAAGGAGAAAGCCAUGUGAUUUGAAUGCCAAGCAAAUGCCAAGACAUGUGAAUAGCUUCAGAGUCGAGAUCCACACUAACUCGAAAGCGGGUAUUUGUUCAUUUCGGACAGUGAUCC